UUGACGGAGCGGAGGAUGUCUGCUGCUUUGACCGGCUCUGCCUUUGACUCGGGUUUGCUGCAGCUUCUCUGGGUAUCGGGGCUGGUGUCUGUCACUCUCACCCUCUGGGUGAUCUUCCUCUUCUGUGGUCUGGCCAAGUCUCACCAGGAACACCUCUGGAUUAGCACCUGGACAGGGUCAGUGGUGAAAAGAGCGAAGAGCAAGAGGGAAUCUGAGAAGCGGAACAAACGGACUGAAGUCAAGAGGCAGGUGGUCAGUGAGGUGAAGGUUCACAUAGCGAGUGACGCGAAGGUUCACAUAGCGAGUGACGCAGCAGCAGCGGACCGAGCCUGUAAUCAGCCCAAGAGAAGCAGGAAAAGGAAGAGCGGGAAGAUUUCCUGCUGCCAGGCUCCCACAGCUCAACUGGUCGGCAGCACCAAGAUGGAGCAGAACCAGUACAUGAGGCGGGAACGGGUGCCUGGAGACACACUGCCCUGGAACCGGCCGAGAUCGGUGGAGAGCGGCAGGGUGAUGGAGCCACCCGAGCGGGCCGUGCUCAGGAUAGCAGAUGAGCGGGACCGGGUCCAGAAGAAAACAUUCACCAAAUGGGUCAACAAACACCUGAUGAAGCAUUGGAGAGUUGAGGCUCAUCGCAGUAUCGAUGAUCUCUAUGAAGAUUUACGCGAUGGACAUAACCUGAUCUCGCUGCUCGAGGUUCUCUCCGGAGACUCGCUGCCUCGUGAGAAAGGACGGAUGCGGUUCCACAAGUUGCAGAAUGUGGGCAUCGCCCUGGAGUACCUGAAGCACCGGCAGGUGCGUCUGGUGAAUAUCCGGAAUGACGACAUCGCUGACGGGAACCCCAAGCUCACACUGGGCCUGAUCUGGACCAUCAUCCUGCACUUCCAGAUAUCAGACAUCCAGGUGAGCGGGCAGUCGGAUGACAUGACCGCCAAGGAGAAGCUGCUGCUAUGGUCGCAGCGGAUGGUGGAAAAUUACCGGGACCUGCGUUGUGACAACUUCACCAGCAGCUGGAGGGACGGCAAGAUCUUCAAUGCUGUCAUUCACCAGCACAGGCCAACGCUCAUUGACAUGAACAAGGUUUAUCAACAGAAGAACCAGGAGAAUCUGGAGCAAGCUUUCACCAUCGCAGAGAAGGAGCUCGGCGUCACCAGACUGCUCGACCCCGAAGAUGUGGACGUGCCCCAUCCUGAUGAGAAGUCGAUCAUCACCUACGUGUCCUCACUCUACGAUGCCCUGCCGAGGGUCCCCAGUGUGCAGUCGGGGGUCCGGUCUAAUGAAGUGGAGCUGAGGUGGCAGGAAUACUACGAGUUGGUGACUCUGCUGCUGCCGUGGACCCGGCACCACAUCAGCACCUUCGAGGAAAGGAGGUUCCCAUCAUCCUACCAGGAGAUGGAGGUUCUCUGGAGACAGUUCCUCAAGUUUAAAGAAUCUGAUUUGCCCAGUAAAGAGGCAGAGAAAAACCGCAGCAAGAUAGUCUUCCGAUCUCUGGAGGGUGCUGUACAAGAGGGCCAGCUGAAGGUCGCCCCUGGUUAUCACCCCUUCGAUGUGGAGAAGGAGUGGGGCAAGCUUCACGUUUCAAUCUUGGAGAGGGAGAGAGUGCUACGUACCGAAUUUGAGAGGUCGGAGCGAUUUCAGAGGAUCAUCCUGAAGAUCGAGCAGGAAUCCAGCGUCUGUGAGGAGCAGCUGAAACGUGCGGACACCUUGCUGAAAGCUGAUGUGCGGCUGGUGAAGGGGGGCAAGCCGCCGGUGAGUGGGCCGGUGCUGGAGCAAGAUCUGGACACGGCGGAGUCACUGAUCCGCAGCCUCUUCAACGACGUGCAGACCCUGAAGGACGGCCGACACCCCCAAGCUGAGACCAUGUACCGCAGGGUAUUCCGUCUACACGAGUUCUUGGUGGCUACUCGCACAGACUACUCACUGCGGUUCAGGUCGGGGGUGCAGGCGGCCACACAGACGGCCACACAGACCACCACGCUGUCGACGACCAGGGUGCGCAUGAGCUCAGACAGUGCGGCAAUGAACUACAUCCAGGACCUGUUGCAGUGGGUGGAGGAGAACCAGCGAGCCAUUGAUGUGGCUGAGUGGGGCGAGGACCUGCCCACCGUCCAGUCUCAGCUGGGCAGCCACCGCGGCCUGCACCAGGCUAUCGAGGACUUCCGACCCAAGAUCGAGAGGGCCCGCGCAGAUGAGCCUCACCUCUCGCCAGGGAGUCACGGUGCCUAUCGCGAUUACCUCAGCAAGCUGGAUCUCCAGUACGCCAAGCUUCUGAACUCCUCCAAGUCCCGUCUGCGUAACCUGGAGAGCCUCAACACGUUUGUUUCCAUGGCAACGAAGGAGUUGAUGUGGUUGAACGACAAGGAGGAGGAGGAGGUGAAUUAUGACUGGAGCGAGAGGAACACCAAUGUGGCUGCCAAGAAGGACAACUACUCGGGGUUGAUGAAGGAGCUGGAGUCCAAGGAGAAGAAGGUCAACUCCAUCCAGAACACCGGAGAGAAGUUGCUUCGAGAUGGUCACGCAGCCAAGCAGACGGUCGACGCCUUCAUGGCUGCCCUGCAGACCCAGUGGAGGUGGAUCCUUCAGCUGUGUUGCUGCAUCGAGGCGCAUUUGAAGGAGAACACGGCCUACUUUCAGUACUUUGCAGAUGUGAAGGAUGCAGAGAAUUUCCUCAAGAAGUUGCAAGAGUCCAUGAGGAGGAAAUACACAUGUGACCGAUCGAUGACCGUGACCAGACUGGAAGAUCUGCUGCAGGACUCCAUGGGGGAGAAGGAGCAACUGUCUGACUACAAAGCGCACCUGAGUGGGCUGAGCAAGCGAGCCACCACCAUCGUGCAGCUAAAGCCCCGCAGCCCAGCCCAGCACGUGCGCGGCAAGAUGCCCCUCCACGCCGUGUGUGACUACAAGCAGAUGGAGAUCACGGUGAACAAGGGGGAUGAGUACGUGUUGGUGAACAACAGCCAGCCGAGCCGCUGGAAGGUGGUGAGUGGGUCGGGCAGCGAGGCCCUGGUCCCGUCCGUCUGCUUCAUCAUCCCACCCACCAACAAGGAGGCUCUCGACGCAGCCCACAGAUUGGAGAGCAGCCACCAGUCCAUCAUCAAUCAGUGGCAUCAGCAGCACACCGACCUACAGAGCCUCCUGCCCUGGCUCUGCCUCAACCGUGACAUGCACCUUAUACGCUCAUGGACCCUGCUGCUGUUCCGGAGCCUGGACACUGAGGAGUACCAGCGUCUGCUGUCCUCACUGGAGCUGCAUUAUCAGGACUUCCUGCGGCUGAGCCAGGACUCGCACGUGUUUGGUCCGGACGACCGGCUGCAGAUCGAGAGGGAAUAUCGCCUGACUACGCAGCACUACGACAAGCUGCUCCACAGCCUGGAGAAAGGUGAGGAGGUGGAGCAGAGCUGCAAGACGUUUGUGACACAGCUGAAGGACAUCCGGCUGCAGUUGGAGCGGUGCGAAGAUAGAACCGUCCACAAGAUCCGGCAGCCACUGGACCGCGACGCACUGCUGGACUGUGAGCAGCGGCUGAAAGACCAACAGAAAAUUCAUGCGGAACUGGAGGGGAUUAAAACAAAUCUCAACUCUGUGACUGAGAAGACCAGGAAGGUGCUGUCUGCCACGGAACAGCUCAGCAGUGCCCCUGUGCUCCGGUCUGAACUUGACCUCACACUGCAGAAGAUGCAACGAGUCCACAGCCUGUCCUCCGUCUACCUUGAGAAGCUGAAGACCAUCGAGGUUGUGAUUCGCGGCACGCAAGAGGCUGAAGACCUGGUGAAGAAGUACGAGAAGCAGCUGAAAGAUGUGAACAGUGUUCCCGCUGAUAGCUCAUCUCUGGAGUCCUACAAACAACAGCUGAAGGGCAUGCGUGUGAAGGUGCAGGGACACCAGCCUCUCUUCGACAGCCUGGAAGGGGAGCUGGGCAGUGCACGUGCAGUGAGCGAGCGGAUGUUGCAGAGCCACAGUGAGAGAGACGUGGACCUGGAACGGUACCGGGAGUCCGUGCAGCAGCUCCGCGACCACUGGCAGGCUGUCCUGGGGCAGAUCGACAGCCGUGCCCGCGAGCUGGAGCAGCUCGGACGCCAGCUCCACUACUACCGCCAGGCCCACGACUGGCUACUGCAAUGGAUGCAGGGGGCCAAGGAGCGGCAGGAAAAGCUGCAGGCAGUGCCCAUCAAUGACAGCGGUGCAUUGAGGCAGCAGCUGCAGCAGGAGCAGAAAAUCUUGCAGGAGGUUGAGAAGAACAGAGAGAAGGUGGACGAGUCUGAGAAACUUGCCAAGCAGUACAUCGAUGCCAUCAAGGACUAUGAGCUCCAGUUGGUGACAUACAAAGUCCAGAGUGAACCUGUGGCGUCUCCUGUGAAGAAGCAGAAGCUGGUCUCGGCAUCAGAAAACGUCAUUCAGGAGGUUGUGGAUCUGAGGAGUCGCUACAUUGAGCUGAUGACACUGUCCAGCCAGUACCUGAAGUUCAUCACUGUCACCCUGCAUCGGCUGGAGAAUGAGGAGGAAGCUGCUGAGAAGAUGAAGGAGGAGGAACGUCGGCGGCUGGAAGAGGUGGAGGCGCAGUUGGAGAGGCAGAAGGAGCUGGCUGCGGCCCACGCCAAGGCCAAGGUAGAGGCAGAGAAAGCAGCCAAGGAGCUGCAACAGAGGAUCGAGCAGGAGGUGACCAGGAGGGAGGCCGUGGCAGUGGAUGCUGAGCAACAGAAGCAGAACGUGCAGCAAGAAUUCCAGCAGCUGCAAAGCUCCUCUGAGAUGGAGAUCAGGAAAAAGACUGUCAUGGUGGAGGAGGUGCUGCUGAGCCGUACCAAGGUGGAGGAGGAGAUCCGCAUUAUCCACAUCCAGCUGGUGACAGCGCAGAAGCAGAAGGCGGCGGCAGAAUCAGAGCUGCUGCAGCUAAAGAAUCGCGCAGAUGAGGCAGACCGGCAGAGGAAGAUGGCCCAGGAUGAGGCAGAGAGACUGCUCCGGCAGGUCAAUGAUGAGACGUCCAAGAAGAAGCAGGCAGAGGAGCAGCUGAAGGUGAAGAUCCAGGCGGAGAGGGACGCAGCUCGGGAGAAGCAGAAGGCCUUGGAGGACCUGCAGCACUUCAAGAACGUGGCGGAGGAGGUGGAGCGGAGGAUGAAGCAGGCAGAGAUUGAGAAAGAGAAGCAACUGCUGGUGACCCAGGAGGUGGCCCGGAAAAGUGCAGCGGCUGAGCUGCAGAGCAAGCGCAUGUCCUUCGAGGAGAAGACACUACAGCUGGAGAUAUCCCUGCAGCAGGAGCACCAGACGGUGGCCCAGCUGCAGCAGGAGGCAGCUGAGCUGAAGAGGCUGCAGGGGGGCGCAGAGAUGGAGCUGGAGAAAUGGAGGCAGAAGGCAGACGAGGCUCUGCGCCUGCGGUUACAAGCAGAGGAGGUGGCUGUCCAGAAAUCACUGGCGCAAGAGGAGGCAGAGAAGCAGAAGGAGGAGGCAGACCGGGAGGCGAGGCGCAGGACAAAGGCGGAGGAGUCGGCGCUGCGGCAGAAGGACAUGGCAGAGCAGGAGCUGGAGAAACAGAGACGGCUGGCGGACCAGACUGCCGGGCAGAAGCUGGCUGCCGAGCAGGAGCUCAUCCGGCUGCGGGCAGAGACUGACAACGGGGAGCAGCAGAGGUUGCUCCUGGAGGAGGAACUGUACCGACUGAAGAACGAGGUGAACCAGGUCCUCAACCAGAGGAAGCUGCUGGAGGAGGAGCUGGCCCGGGUGAAGGCCGAGAUGGAGACCUUGCUGCUGCUGAAGGUGAAGACGGAGGAGGAGACCCGGUCCACCUCGGAGAAGACCAAGCAGAUCCUGGAGAAGGAGGCGGAGAGGAUGAGGCAGCUGGCCGACGAGGCGGGCAGGCUGCGGGCUGUGGCGGAAGAGGCUAAGCGGCAGAGGCAGCUUGCCGAGGAAGAAGUGGUGCAUCAGCGCAGCGAGGCAGAGAGGAUCCUGAAAGAGAAGCUGGCAGCUAUUAACGAAGGAACCCGUCUGAAGACGGAGGCUGAGAUGGUUCUGAAGGAGAAAGAAGCGGAGAACGAGCGCUUGCGGCGCCUGGCUGAAGACGAGGCCUUCCAACGGAAGCUUCUGGAAGAACAAGCCAUGCAGCACAAGCAGGACAUUGAGAAAAGGAUUCUGCAGCUGAGGAAGAGCUCGGAUGUGGAGCUGGAGCGGCAGAAGGUGGUGGUGGAGGAGACCCUGAAGCAGAGACGCAUUGUGGAGGAGGAGAUCAGGGUCCUGAAGCUCAACUUCGAGAAGGCCUCAGAGGGCAAGUCAGACCUGGAGAUCGAGCUGGCCAAGUUGAAGAGGGUGGCUGAGGAGACUCAGCGCAGCAAGCAGGAGGCGGAGGAGGAAGCAGAGAUACAGCGAGGGAUGGCGGCCGAGGAGGCGAAGAGGAGGCAGGAGGCAGAGCGCAGAGUAAAGGAGAUCCUGGCGGCAGAGGAGGAAGCAGGGCGUCAGCGGCAGGCAGCCCUGGAGGAGGUGAAGCGGCUGAAGAGGAGGGCGGAGGAGGCGUGGAAGCAGAAAGAGGUGGCAGAGCAAGAGGCAGACAAGCAGGUCAGCCUUGCCCAGGAGGCGGCCCAGCAGCGGUUAGUGGCCGAGGAGAAGGCGCACCAGGCAGCCGUGCAGCAGAAGGAGGAGGAGUUGCUGCAGAGCCGGCUGCAGGAGCAGAGUGCGCUGGGCAGCCUGCGGGAGCAGGCCGAGCAGGCCCGGCGACUGGCCGAGGAGGCCCAGAAGGCCCGGGUGCAGGCAGAGCGUGAGGCCGCCCUGUGCCGACAGCAAGCCGAGGAGGCGGAGCGGCUGCAGCAACAGGCUGAGCAGGAGGCUGGCCUCAAGGCCCAGGCCCAGCAGGCCGCCGAGCUGCAGAGGAAGGAGGCUGAGCUGGAAGCUGAACGGAGAGCACAGGCCGAGCAGGCAGCUCUGAAGCAGAAGCAUGCCGCUGACGCCGACAUGGAGAAACACAAGAAGUUUGCGGAGCAGACCCUGCGGCAGAAGGCCAACGUGGAGCAGGAGCUGACCAAGGUCAAGGUGCGUUUGGAGCAGACGGACCACCAGAAGGAGGUGCUGGACGAAGAGCUGCAGCGGCUGAAGGCUGAGGUGAGCGAGUCCAUGAAGCAGAAGAACCAGGCGGAGGGGGAGCUCCUGAAGGUGCGGGUACAGAUGGAGGAGCUGAUCAAACUGAAGGCCAGGAUUGAGGAGGAGAAUAAGAUGCUGGUGCUGAAGGACAAGGACAACACCCAGAAGCACCUGGCGGAGGAGGCAGAGAAGAUGCGGCAGCUGGCAGAGGAGGCGGCCCGCCUCAGCGUGGAAGCCCAGGAGGCUGCCCGGCAGAGGAGACUGGCCGAGGAAGACCUGGCCCAGCAGCGGGCUCUGGCCGACAAGAUGCUGAAGGAGAAGAUGCAGGCCAUCCAGGAGGCGAGCAGGCUCAAGGCCGAGGCUGAAAUGCUGCAGAAGCAGAGAGACAAGGCGCAGCAGCAGGCCAAGAAACUGUCCAAAGACAAGCAGGAGAUGCAGCAACGUCGCCAUGAGGAGGCAGAGGAGUUCCAGAAGGCUUUGGAGGAGGAGCGGAGACGGCAGCAGGAGAUCAGCGACGAAGCCGAUCAGCUGAAGGCUCUGGUAUCGGAACUGACAGAUGCCCAGGGCAAUGCAGAGAGGGAGGCUCAGAAGUUCAAGGAUGAGGCAAAACAGAUCGCCUUGAGGCUUCAUGAAACUGAGCAGAGCACCAGGGAAAAGAACAGCAUUGUGGAGAGACUGGAGCACAAGUGGAAGCAGAGCAAGCAGGAGGCGAGCGAGUUGCAGAAGGCUAUCGCUGAGCUGGAGAGUGAGAAGGAGAAGCUGAGGAAAGAGGCAGAGUUGCUGCAGCAGAAAACCAAGGAGAUGGAGGCAGGGAAAAAGAAAGAAAUUGUCCACACCACGCAGGUCCUUCAACAAUCCUUUCUCAGUGAAAAGGAGCUGCUCAUCAGAAAAGAGAAGAUGAUUGAGGCGGAGAAGCAGAAGUUGGAGCAUCUAUAUGAGGAUGAGCUGGAGAAAUCCAAGUCUCUGAAGGAUGAACAGAUGAAGGAAAUGAAGAGACUCAAGGACGACAAGGCCCGACUUCAGGAUAGUAUGGAUGAAGCACUCAGGAUGCAGAGAGAGGCUGAGGACCAAGUCCAGGAGAAGCAGAGAGAGCUUCUGGAAAUGGAGAAGAGGAGACAGGAGAAAGAGAAGCAGCUGGCUGAUGAGAACCAAGCACUCAGGGAAUUGCUGGAGCAACUGAAAGCUCAGAAGCUUGAAGUUAUAUCCAAAGAGACCUCCAAAGUGCAGGCAGCGACUGCCCCCACUCUGGGAGCUCUUGCCAAUGGUCGGGAUGUGGUGGACUCUGCCCAGGAAAGUGCCGAGGCUGCGUUCUCCUUCAGUGGCCUGCGCCAGUCGGUGCCAGCCGCACGCUUACAUCAGGUGGGCAUUCUCAGCAAGAAGCAGUUGGACAAACUAAAGAAAGGAUCCGUCUCUGUCAAGGAUCUGUCACAGAAGGAAGAUGUUCAGAACUAUCUACAGGGCAAGAGCUGUGUUGCUGGCCUGAUCAUUCAGCCCUCAAAGGAGAAAGUCAGCAUUUACCAGGCAAUGAAAAGGGGACAAUUAAAGCCCACCACAGCUACGGUGUUGCUGGAGGCUCAGGCAGCAUCCGGCUUCAUCAUUGACCCGGCAAAGAACAGGAAACUGCCCGUCAACGAGGCCAUCAGGGAAGGUGUGGUCGGACCAGAGCUGCAGGAGAAACUGCUCUCUGCUGAGAGGGCAGUGACAGGUUACAGGGACCCCUACACUGGCGACCAGAUUUCCUUGUUUCAAGCAAUGCAAAAGGACUUGAUAUCCCCAAGUUACGCCAUCCGUUUGCUGCAGGCACAGAUUGCCACUGGUGGUGUCAUUGAUCCAGUGAACAGCCAUCGCAUGCCCCUGGCCCAGGCAUACAAACAGGGUUUAUUCACUGAGGACAUGAAUAAAAUAGUUGCAGGAGAUAGUGACAAUGCCAAGGCAUUCUUUGACCCCAACACACAGGAGAACUUAACGUAUUUCCAGCUCCUGGACAGGUGUCAGAAGGAUCAGGAAUCUGGCCUUUUUCUCUUGCCAUUGACCGAGGGAGCAGAGACAAAAAAGGGAGGAUAUACCAUGGAACAGACACACGACAUCUUCAAAACAGCCACUGUAUCUGUGCCAGUCGGGAAAUUCUCUGGGAAAACCGUGACAAUCUGGGAUUUGAUCAACUCAGAGUACAUCACUGAAGAACAACGCCGGGACCUUAUCCGUCAGUACAGGUCAGGAAAGAUCACCAUCGAACACAUCAUUAAAUUCAUCAUUACCACCAUUGAUGAAACUGAGACCAAGAAGCAGCUUCUCUUCCCCGGACUACGGGACAAGGUUCCUGCCAGCGAGUUGUUGGAAUCGAAGAUCAUUGACAAGAAGACAUUUGAUGGACUGCAGAAAGGAAAGGCAACACCUGAAGAUGUGAGCAAGUUGGAGUCGGUGCGGAAAUUCCUUCAGGGGUCGGAGAGCAUUGCUGGAGUGUUUGUGGAACCCACCCAGGAGACAAUGAGCUUCUAUGAAGCAAUGAAGAAGAACCUGCUGAGACCAAGAACAGCGGAGAUCUUACUAGAAGCUCAGGCAGCAACAGGGUUCCUUGUGGACCCUGUGCAGAAUCGCACCCUCACCGUCGAUGAGGCAGUGAAGGAUGGACUCGUUGGGCCAGAACUCCAUGAGAAGCUACUGGCUGCGGAGAAAGCAGUAACAGGAUAUACGGACCCUUACACCGGGCGUAAGGUCUCCUUGUUUGAAGCAAUGACAAAGGAACUGGUACCCAAAGACCAUGGAGUUCAGCUCCUGCAGGCUCAGGUGGCAUCUGGUGGCAUCAUUGACCCCAACACCAGCCAUCGGCUGCCCAUGGACGUGGCCUACAAGCGGGGAAUGUUUGAUGAGGAGAUGAACCAGUUGGUGACCACUCCCAGUGAGAACACUAAGGGUUUCAUUGAACCAAAUACAGACGAACAUGUCACCUACCAACAGCUGAAGCAGAGAUGCAGAAGUGACCCUGAGACCAACCUUUCUCUGUUACCCCUGACGGAAGAAGCUGUGAAGAGAGUGGACCUUCACCCAGAGGAGGUCACCAAGGACGUUUUCCAAAAGGCUGUGGUGAGUGUCCCAUCAGGAAAAUUCGUUGGAAAAACCGUGACAAUCUGGGAGUUGAUCAACUCGGAGUACAUCACCGAAGAUCAACGCCGUGACCUAAUGUGGCAGUACAGGUCAGGAAAGGUCACCAUCGAACACAUCAUUAAAUUCAUCAUCACCACCAUUGAUGAAACUGAGACGAAGAAGCAGCUGCUCUUCCCUGGACUGCGGGACAAGGUUCCUGCCAGCGAGUUGUUGGAAUCGAAGAUCAUCGACAAGAAGACGUUUGAUGGACUGCAGAAAGGAAAGGCAACACCUGAAGAUGUGAGCAAGUUGGAGUCGGUGAGGAAAUACCUUCAGGGGUCGGAGAGCAUUGCUGGAGUGUUUGUGGAGCCCACCCAGGAGACAAUGAGCUUCUAUGAAGCAAUGAAGAAGAACCUGCUGAGACCAAGAACAGCGGAGAUCUUACUGGAAGCUCAGGCAGCAACAGGGUUCCUCGUGGACCCUGUGCAGAAUCGCACCCUCACCGUCGAUGAGGCAGUGAAGGAUGGACUCGUUGGGCCAGAACUCCAUGAGAAGCUACUGGCUGCAGAGAGAGCGGUAACCGGAUAUACGGACCCUUACACCGGGCAUAAGGUCUCCUUGUUUGAAGCAAUGACAAAGGAACUGGUACCCAAAGACCAUGGAGUGCAGCUCCUGCAGGCUCAGGUGGCAUCUGGCGGCAUCAUUGACCCCAACACCAGCCAUCGGCUGCCCAUGGACGUGGCCUACAAGCGGGGAAUGUUUGAUGAGGAGAUGAACCAGUUGGUGACCACUCCCAGUGAGAACACGGUAGGCUUCUAUGAUCCAAACAUGGAUGAGAGCGUCAGCUACCAACGGCUGAAGGAGAGGUGCAGAAAGGAUGCAGGGUCAGGUCAGCUCUUGUUGCCCUUGAGUGAGAAAGCAAUAUCAUCGAAACUUGUUUAUGAUGAAGAGCAGACCAGAGAUACUUUUGGGAAGACAACACUGUCUGUUCCAGCUGGCAUCUACUCUGGGAAAUCUGUCAGCAUCUUGGAGCUUAUUAAUUCGGAAUACUUUACCGAGGAGCAGAGGAAGGAUCUGAUUCGACAGUAUCGGUCAGGGAAGGUGACAGUGGAAAAGAUCAUCAGAAUUGUCAUCACGGUGAUUGAAGAGAAAGAAACAAAGAAAAAACCACAGCUUCUCUUCCCCGGACUACGGGAUAAGGUUCCUGCCAGCGAGUUGUUGGAAUCGAAGAUCAUUGACAAGAAGACGUUUGAUGGACUGCAGAAAGGAAAGGCAACACCUGAAGAUGUGAGCAAGUUGGAAUCAGUGAGGAAGUCCCUUCAGGGGUCGGAGAGCAUUGCUGGAGUGUUUGUGGAGCCCACCCAGGAGACAAUGAGCUUCUAUGAAGCAAUGAAGAAGAAUCUGCUGACACCCAGAACAGCGGAGAUCUUACUGGAAGCUCAAGCAGCAACAGGGUUCCUCGUGGACCCUGUGCAGAAUCGCACCCUCACCGUCGAUGAGGCAGUGAAGGAUGGACUCGUUGGGCCAGAACUCCAUGAGAAGCUACUGGCUGCGGAGAAAGCAGUCACGGGAUAUACGGACCCUUACACCGGGCGUAAGGUCUCCUUGUUUGAAGCAAUGACAAAGGAACUGGUACCCAAAGACCAUGGAGUUCAGCUCCUGCAGGCUCAGGUGGCAUCUGGUGGCAUCAUUGACCCCAACACCAGCCAUCGGCUGCCCAUGGACGUGGCCUACAAGCGGGGAAUGUUUGAUGAGGAGAUGAACCAGCUGGUGACCACUCCCAGUGAGAACAUGGUAGGCUUCUAUGAUCCAAACAUGGAUGAGAGCGUCAGCUAUCAACGGCUGAAGGAGAGGUGCAGAAAGGAUGCAGGGUCAGGUCAGCUCUUGUUGCCCUUGAGUGAGAAAGCAAUAUCAUCGAAACUUGUUUAUGAUGAAGAGCAGACCAGAGAUACAUUUGGGAAGACAACAGUGUCUGUUCCAGCUGGCAUCUUCUCUGGGAAAUCUGUCAGCAUCUUGGAGCUUAUUAAUUCGGAAUACUUUACCGAGGAGCAGAGGAAGGAUCUGAUUCGACAGUAUCGGUCAGGGAAGGUGACAGUGGAAAAGAUCAUCAGAAUUGUCAUCACGGUGAUUGAAGAGAAAGAAACAAAGAAAAAACCACAGCUGCUCUUCCCCGGACUACGGGACAAGGUUCCUGCCAGCGAGUUGUUGGAAUCGAAGAUCAUUGACAAGAAGACAUUUGAUGGACUGCAGAAAGGAAAGGCAACACCUGAAGAUGUGAGCAAGUUGGAGUCGGUGAGGAAAUUCCUUCAGGGGUCGGAGAGCAUUGCUGGAGUGUUUGUGGAACCCACCCAGGAGACAAUGAGCUUCUAUGAAGCAAUGAAGAAGAACCUGCUGAGACCAAGAACAGCGGAGAUCUUACUGGAAGCUCAGGCAGCAACAGGGUUCCUCGUGGACCCUGUGCAGAAUCGCACCCUCACCGUCGAUGAGGCAGUGAAGGAUGGACUCGUUGGGCCAGAACUCCAUGAGAAGCUACUGGCUGCGGAGAAAGCAGUAACGGGAUAUACGGACCCUUACACCGGGCGUAAGGUCUCCUUGUUUGAAGCAAUGAGAAAGGAACUGGUACCAAAAGACCAUGGAGUUCAGCUCCUGCAGGCUCAGGUGGCAUCUGGUGGCAUCAUUGACCCCAACACCAGCCAUCGGCUGCCCAUGGACGUGGCCUACAAGCGGGGAAUGUUUGAUGAGGAGAUGAACCAGUUGGUGACCACUCCCAGUGAGAACACUAAAGGUUUCAUUGAACCAAAUACAGACGAACAUGUCACCUACCAAGAGCUGAAGCAGAGAUGCAGAAGUGACCCUGAGACCAACCUUUCUCUGUUACCCCUGACGGAAGAAGCUGUGAAGAGAGUGGAUCUUCACCCAGAGGAGGUCACCAAGGACGUUUUCCAAAAGGCUGUGGUGAGUGUCCCAUCAGGAAAAUUCUCUGGGAAAACCGUGACAAUCUGGGAGUUGAUCAACUCAGAGUACAUCACCGAAGAUCAACGCCGUGACCUAAUGUGGCAGUACAGGUCAGGAAAGGUCACCAUCGAACACAUCAUUAAAUUCAUCAUCACCACCAUUGUUGAAACUGAGACCAAGAAGCAGCUGCUCUUCCCUGGACUACGGGACAAGGUUCCUGCCAGCGAGUUGUUGGAAUCGAAGAUCAUCGACAAGAAGACGUUUGAUGGACUGCAGAAAGGAAAGGCAACACCUGAAGAUGUGAGCAAGUUGGAGUCGGUGAGGAAAUUCCUUCAGGGGUCGGAGAGCAUUGCUGGAGUGUUUGUGGAACCCACCCAGGAGACAAUGAGCUUUUAUGAAGCAAUGAAGAAGAACCUGCUGAGACCAAGAACAGCGGAGAUCUUACUGGAAGCUCAGGCAGCAACAGGGUUCCUCGUGGACCCUGUGCAGAAUCGCACCCUCACCGUCGAUGAGGCAGUGAAGGAUGGACUUGUUGGGCCAGAACUCCAUGAGAAGCUACUGGCUGCAGAGAAAGCAGUGACGGGAUAUACAAACCCCUACACCGGGCGUAAGGUCUCCUUGUUUGAAGCAAUGACAAAGGAACUGGUACCCAAAGACCAUGGAGUGCAGCUCCUGCAGGCUCAGGUGGCAUCUGGUGGCAUCAUUGACCCCAACACCAGCCAUCGGCUGCCCAUGGACGUGGCCUACAAGCGGGGAAUGUUUGAUGAGGAAAUGAACCAGUUGGUGACCACUCCCAGUGAGAACACGGUAGGCUUCUAUGAUCCAAACAUGGAUGAGAGCGUCAGCUAUCAACGGCUGAAGGAGAGGUGCAUAAAGGAUGCAGGGUCAGGUCAGCUCUUGUUGCCCUUGAGUGAGAAAGCAAUAUCAUCAAAACCUGUUUAUGAUGAAGAGCAGACCAGAGAUACAUUUGGGAAGACAACAGUGUCUGUUCCAGCUGGCAUCUUCUCUGGGAAAUCUGUCAGCAUCUUGGAGCUUAUUAAUUCGGAAUACUUUACCGAGGAGCAGAGGAAGGAUCUGAUUCGACAGUAUCGGUCAGGGAAGGUGACAGUGGAAAAGAUCAUCAGAAUUGUCAUCACGGUGAUUGAAGAGAAAGAAACAAAGAAAAAACCACAGCUGCUCUUCCCCGGACUACGGGACAAGGUUCCUGCCAGCGAGUUGUUGGAAUCGAAGAUCAUCGACAAGAAGACAUUUGAUGGACUGCAGAAAGGAAAGGCAACACCUGAAGAUGUGAGCAAGUUGGAAUCGGUGAGGAAAUUCCUUCAGGGGUCGGAGAGCAUUGCUGGAGUGUUUGUGGAGCCCACCCAGGAGACAAUGAGCUUCUAUGAAGCAAUGAAGAAGAACCUGCUGAGACCAAGAACAGCGGAGAUCUUACUGGAAGCUCAGGCAGCAACAGGGUUCCUUGUGGACCCUGUACAGAAUCGCACCCUCACCGUCGAUGAGGCAGUGAAGGAUGGACUCGUUGGGCCAGAACUCCAUGAGAAGCUACUGGCUGCGGAGAAAGCAGUCACGGGAUAUACGGACCCUUACACCGGGCGUAAGGUCUCCUUGUUUGAAGCAAUGACAAAGGAACUGGUACCCAAAGACCAUGGAGUUCAGCUCCUGCAGGCUCAGGUGGCAUCUGGUGGCAUCAUUGACCCCAACACCAGCCAUCGGCUGCCCAUGGACGUGGCCUACAAGCGAGGAAUGUUUGAUGAGGAGAUGAACCAGUUGGUGACCACUCCCAGUGAAAACACUAAAGGUUUCAUUGAACCAAAUACAGACGAACAUGUCACCUACCAACAGCUGAAGCAGAGAUGCAGAAGUGACCCUGAGACCUACCUUUCUCUGUUACCCUUGACGGAAGAAGCUGUGAAGAGAGUGGACCUUCACCCAGAGGAGGUCACCAAGGACGUUUUGCAAAAGGCUGUGGUGAGUGUCCCAUCAGGAAAAUUCUCUGGGAAAACCGUGACAAUCUGGGAGUUGAUCAACUCAGAGUACAUCACCGAAGAUCAACGCCGUGACCUAAUGUGGCAGUACAGGUCAGGAAAGGUCACCAUCGAACACAUCAUUAAAUUCAUCAUCACCACCAUUGAUGAAACUGAGACCAAGAAGCAGCUGCUCUUCCCUGGACUGCGGGACAAGGUUCCUGCCAGCGAGUUGUUGGAAUCGAAGAUCAUCAACAAGAAGACGUUUGAUGGACUGCAGAAAGGAAAGGCAACACCUGAAGAUGUGAGCAAGUUGGAGUCGGUGAGGAAAUACCUUCAGGGGUCGGAGAGCAUUGCUGGAGUGUUUGUGGAGCCCACCCAGGAGACAAUGAGCUUCUAUGAAGCAAUGAAGAAGAACCUGCUGAGACCAAGAACAGCGGAGAUCUUACUGGAAGCUCAGGCAGCAACAGGGUUCCUCGUGGACCCUGUGCAGAAUCGCACCCUCACCGUCGAUGAGGCAGUGAAGGAUGGACUCGUUGGGCCAGAACUCCAUGAGAAGCUACUGGCUGCAGAGAGAGCGGUAACCGGAUAUACGGACCCUUACUCCGGGCGUAAGGUCUCCUUGUUUGAAGCAAUGAUAAAGGAACUGGUACCCAAAGACCAUGGAGUGCAGCUCCUGCAGGCUCAGGUGGCAUCUGGUGGCAUCAUUGACCCCAACACCAGCCAUCGGCUGCCCAUGGACGUGGCCUACAAGCGGGGAAUGUUUGAUGAGGAAAUGAACCAGCUGGUGACCACUCCCAGUGAGAACAUGGUAGGCUUCUAUGAUCCAAACAUGGAUGAGAGCGUCAGCUACCAACGGCUGAAGGAGAGGUGCAGAAAGGAUGCAGGGUCAGGUCAGCUCUUGUUGCCCUUGAGUGAGAAAGCAAUAUCAUCGAAACCUGUUUAUGAUGAAGAGCAGACCAGAGAUACAUUUGGGAAUACAACAUUGUCUGUUCCAGCUGGCAUCUACUCUGGGAAAUCUGUCAGCAUCUUGGAGCUUAUUAAUUCGGAAUACUUUACCGAGGAGCAGAGGAAGGAUCUGAUUCGACAGUAUCGGUCAGGGAAGGUGACAGUGGAAAAGAUCAUCAGAAUUGUCAUCACGGUGAUUGAAGAGAAAGAAACAAAGAAAAAACCACAGCUUCUCUUCCCCGGACUACGGGAUAAGGUUCCUGCCAGCGAGUUGUUGGAAUCGAAGAUCAUUGACAAGAAGACAUUUGAUGGACUGCAGAAAGGAAAGGCAACACCUGAAGAUGUGAGCAAGUUGGAAUCAGUGAGGAAAUUCCUUCAGGGGUCGGAGAGCAUUGCUGGAGUGUUUGUGGAACCCACCCAGGAGAGAAUGAGCUUCUAUGCAGCAAUGAAGAAGAACCUGCUGAGACCAAGAACAGCGGAGAUCUUACUGGAAGCUCAGGCAGCAACAGGGUUCCUCGUGGACCCUGUACUGAAUCGCACCCUCACCGUCGAUGAGGCAGUGAAGGAUGGACUUGUUGGGCCAGAACUCCACGAGAAGCUACUGGCUGCGGAGAAAGCAGUAACGGGAUAUACGGACCCUUACACCGGGCGUAAGGUCUCCUUGUUUGAAGCAAUGAGAAAGGAACUGGUACCAAAAGACCAUGGAGUUCAGCUCCUGCAGGCUCAGGUGGCAUCUGGUGGCAUCAUUGACCCCAACACCAGCCAUCGGCUGCCCAUGGACGUGGCCUACAAGCGGGGAAUGUUUGAUGAGGAGAUGAACCAGUUGGUGACCACUCCCAGUGAGAACACUAAAGGUUUCAUUGAACCAAAUACAGACGAACAUGUCACCUACCAACAGCUGAAGCAGAGAUGCAAAAGUGACCCUGAGACCAACCUUUCUCUGUUACCCCUGACAGAGGAAGCUGUGAAGAGAGUGGAUCUUCACCCAGAAGAGGUCACCAAGGACAUUUUCCAAAAGGCUGUGGUUAGUGUCCCAUCUGGAAAAUUCUCUGGGAAAACCGUGACAAUCUGGGAGUUGAUCAACUCGGAGUACAUCACCGAAGAUCAACGCCGUGACCUAAUGUGGCAGUACAGGUCAGGAAAGGUCACCAUCGAACACAUCAUUAAAUUCAUCAUCACCACCAUUGAUGAAACUGAGACCAAGAAGCAUCUACUAUUCCCCGGACUACGGGACAAGGUUCCUGCCAGCGAGUUGUUGGAAUCGAAGAUCAUCAACAAGAAGACGUUUGAUGGACUGCAGAAAGGAAAGGCAACACCUGAAGAUGUGAGCAAGUUGGAGUCGGUGAGGAAAUACCUUCAGGGGUCGGAGAGCAUUGCUGGAGUGUUUGUGGAGCCCACCCAGGAGAGAAUGAGCUUCUAUGAAGCAAUGAAGAAGAACCUGCUGAGUCCAAGAACAGCGGAGAUGUUACUGGAAGCUCAGGCAGCAACAGGGUUCCUGGUGGAUCCUGUGCAGAAUCGCACCCUCACCGUCGAUGAGGCAGUGAAGGAUGGACUUGUUGGGCCAGAACUCCAUGAGAAGCUACUGGCUGCGGAGAAAGCAGUCACGGGAUAUACAGACCCUUACACCGGGCGUAAGGUCUCCUUGUUUGAAGCAAUGAGAAAGGAACUUGUAACCAAAGACCAUGGAGUUCAGCUCCUGCAGGCUCAGGUGGCAUCUGGUGGCAUCAUUGACCCCAACAACAGCCAUCGGCUGCCCAUGGACGUGGCCUACAAGCGGGGAAUGUUUGAUGAGGAGAUGAACCAGUUGGUGACCACUCCCAGUGAGAACACUAAAGGCUACAUUGAACCAAAUACAGACGAACAUGUCACCUACCAAGAGCUGAAGCAGAGAUGCAGAAGUGACCCUGAGACCAACCUUUCCCUGUUACCCCUGACGGAAGAAGCUGUGAAGAGAGUGGAUCUUCAUCCAGAGGAGGUCACCAAGGAUGUUUUCCAAAAGGCUGUGGUGAGUGUCCCAUCUGGAAAAUUUUCUGGGAAAACGGUCACAAUCUGGGAGUUGAUCAACUCAGAAUAUUUCACCGAAGAUCAACGCCGUGACCUUAUCCGACAGUACAGGUCAGGCAAAGUAACUGUAGAGAAAAUCAUUACAAUUGUGGUAACAAUCAUUGAGGAACGUGAGGUGAAGAGAAAGCCACAAAUUACUUUUGCUGGUCUAAGGGACAGGGUUCCUGCCAGCGAGUUGUUAGAAUCACAUAUCAUCAACAAGAAGACGUUUGAUGGACUGCAGAAAGGAAAGGCAACACCUGAAGAUGUGAGCAAGUUGGAGUCGGUGAGGAAAUACCUUCAGGGGUCGGAGAGCAUUGCUGGAGUGUUUGUGGAACCCACCCAGGAGACAAUGAGCUUCUAUGAAGCAAUGAAGAAAAACCUGCUGAGACCAAGAACAGCGGAGAUCUUACUGGAAGCUCAGGCAGCAACAGGGUUCCUUGUGGACCCUGUGCAGAAUCGCACCCUCACCGUCGAUGAGGCAGUGAAGGAUGGACUCGUUGGGCCAGAACUCCAUGAGAAGCUACUCGCUGCGGAGAAAGCGGUAACAGGAUAUACGGACCCCUACACCGGGCGAAAGGUCUCCUUGUUUGAAGCAAUGACAAAGGAACUUGUAACCAAAGACCAUGGAGUUCAGCUCCUGCAGGCACAGGUGUCAUCUGGUGGCAUCAUUGACCCCAACACCAGCCAUCGGCUGCCCAUGGACGUGGCCUACAAACGGGGAAUGUUUGAUGUGGAGAUGAACCAAAGCUUCUGUGAUGCUCGUGAUGAUGCCAAGAGAUUUAUUGAUCCCAACACUACGGAAGAAGUCACCUAUCAACAACUGAAGAAUAGGUGCAUUUCUGAUCCCGGAAGUGGUCUGUACCUCUUGUCCAUGACGGAGGGAGAAAAGUCCAGAGUUGUUGAAAACCCAGUCUACAGCGCGGCUCAAAUGCAGAAGGAAUUUGAGAACACAAAAGUGGAAAUUCCUUCAGGGGCUCUGGGUGGGAGGUCGAUGUCAGUGUGGGAGAUCUUACAAUCUGAAUACAUCUCUGAGCAGGAGAGGACCAGGCUAACAAGAGAGUUUCAAAUGGGAAAGCUCACCCGAGAGCGUUUAGUGUUGAUAAUCAUCGAGAUCAUAGAGCGUGUAGAAAUUUACCAUGGAUACGAGAUGAUCAGCUUCCACAGCUUCCGGGGCAACGUUUCUGCAGAUCACCUCUACGCCUCAGGAAUUAUUGAUCAGGAGACGCUCAGGAAACUGAGGGAGAGGCAGCUGACAGUGCAGCAGGUGUGUGAAAUGGAGAAGGUGAAGAUGUUCCUGUUUGGCACAGGCGCUGUUAGUGGUGUAUACAAGGGUGCUGUCAAGGAGGUGUCAAGUCUGUAUCAAGCCAUGAAGAAAGACUGGGUGAAACCAGAGGUGGCACUUUCUCUGCUUGAGGCCCAGGCCGCGACUGGCUUUAUUCUGGAUCCAGUGAAGAAUGUGCGCCUGACGGUGGACGAAGCUGUUAAGGAUGGCGUGGUGGGUCCUGAGUUCCACGACAAGCUGCUGUCGGCAGAGAGAGCUGUCACUGGCUACCGGGACCCGUACACUGGCAAGAACAUCUCGCUCUUCCAGGCUAUGAGGAAAGGGCUGAUUGGGAAAGACUACGCAAUUCGCUUGCUUGAUGCUCAGCUGGCCACAGGAGGAAUCAUUGACCCGCAGUACAGCCAUCACCUGCCUCUGGAAGUUGCCUUUCAACGGGGUUACCUGGACCGUGAGACCUACAACCUCAUCACAGACCCAGCCUCAGGGACACAAGGAUUCCUUGACCCCAGCACCGACGAGCUGUUAACUUACACUCAGCUGCUGGCAAAGUGCAAAACUGACGAAAAGUCAGGCCACCGUCUUUUGAACUUGACCGACAGGAAACGGUUAAUAUUCAAGGGUCUACGCAAACAGAUCACCAUGGACCAACUCCUAGAAUCAAAGAUCAUUGAAAGUUCCGUAGCUGAGAGACUGGAGCAAGGUGAAACCACUGUGGAAGAAGUUAGUGACAGUAUCAGGAAAUAUCUGGAAGGCACCAGUUGUAUUGCAGGAGUGUUUGUCGAGGCCUCGAAGGAGAGACUGACCAUUUACCGGGCUAUGAAGAAGGGCAUGAUCAGACCUGGGACUGCCUUUGAACUGUUGGAGGCCCAAGCGGCAACAGGCUAUAUGAUUGACCCGAUCAAAAACAUGAAGCUAACUGUUGCUGAGGCUGUCAAGGCAGGAGUGGUGGGCCCAGAGUUUAAAGAGAAGCUCAUGUCAGCGGAGCGUGCUGUCACUGGUUACAAAGACCCAUAUUCAGGGAAGCUGCUGUCUCUCUUCCAAGCUAUGCAGAAAGGUUUAAUUGUGAAAGACCAUGGGAUCCGCCUGCUGGAGUCACAGAUCGCCACGGGAGGUAUCAUUGACCCUGAGCACAGUCAUCGUCUCCCGGUAGAGAUGGCCUAUGAGCGCGGGCUGUUUGAUGUGGAGAUGAACAAGAUACUGUUAGAUCCAGGUGAUGAUACCAAAGGAUUCUUUGAUCCAAACACAGAGGAAAAUCUCACCUACUUGCAGCUGAUGGAGCGGUGUAUGGUGGAUUCGGACACUGGACUCUGCUUAUUGCUACUGAAGGAGAAGAAGCGAGAGAGGAAGACUUCUUCCAAGUCCUCAGUCCGCAAGCGAAGGGUAGUGAUUGUAGAUCCUGAGACAGGCAAAGAAAUGUCCGUGUAUGAGGCUUAUCGUAAAGGACUGAUUGACCAUCAGACGUACACCGAGCUGUCUGAGCAGGAGUGUGAAUGGGAGGAAGUAACAAUCUCUUCAUCAGAUGGUAUUGUAAAGUCAAUGAUCACGGACAGAAGAUCUGGGAAACAAUAUGACAUUGACGAUGCUUUGGCCAAUGGUUUGAUUGACCAAGGGUCUCUGGACCUGUAUCGCUCAGGGGCUUUGUCCAUCACUGAAUUUGCUGACAUGUUAUCAGGAAACAUGAGUGGAUUCCGCUCGAGAUCUUCCUCAGUUGGAUCUUCAUCUUCAUACACAAGCCAACAGUCCAGCCCAAUGAGAAGCCACGUGGUUGCCUGGAGUGACCCAGUGGAGGAGACUGGUCCAGUUGCUGGCAUCCUGGACACUGAUACCCUGGAGAAAGUUUCCAUCACAGAAGCAAUGCGCCGAAACCUGGUGGACAACAUCACUGGCCAACGCCUGCUAGAAGCUCAGGCAUGUACUGGGGGAAUCAUCGACCCCAACACUGGAGAGAAGUAUUCGGUCGCAGAUGCUGUGGGCCAAAACCUGGUCGACAAGAUUAUGGUGGACAGGAUCAAUCUGGCUCAGAAGGCUUUCCAUGGGUUUGAGGACCCCAGAACCAAGUCGAAGAUGUCUGCUGCCCAGGCCUUGAAGAAAGGCUGGCUGUACUAUGAAGCUGGCCAGAGGUUCCUGGAGGUGCAGUACCUGACCGGAGGACUGAUUGAACCAGACGUGUCUGGACGGGUUUCCUUGGACGAAGCUUUGGGGAAGGGCACCAUUGAUGCCCGCACGGCACAAAAGCUAAGGGAUGUUGGGGCCUAUGCAAAAUAUAUCACUUGCCCCAAGUCCAAACUGAAGAUUUCCUACAAGGACGCAAUGGAUCGAUCCAUGGUUGAGGAAGGAUCUAGUCUGCGUCUGUUGGAAGCCUCUUCACAAUCCUCCAAAGGAUACUACAGCCCCUACAAUGUGGGCGGGUCUGGUUCUUCGGCAGGAUCACGAUCAGGUUCCAAAACAGGAUCCAGAACAGGCUCCAGACGAGGGAGCUUUGACGCUACUGGAUCUGGUUACUCCAUGUCCUUCUCCUCCUCCUCCUACACAUCCUCCAACUAUGGGCGGAGGCUGCCAGCCAGCAUCCCUGGGGGCAAGGCACUGACUUCCCCUCAGUCCCUCUUCAGUCAAGGAGAGAGCCCAGCAUAGGUUGCCAGAGGUGGCAAUCAUGCAAUGCCAGCCUCCCCACCUCAGACCCACCACCCUGCUCUGCAACUCGAAACACCUCCAGCAGUCGCAGUUUAACGGCGAGCAACAGAAUCACUACAGGAAGUUGUGCAAAUAAAUUCAUUUACAUUUUGCAUCACCUCAGUUCCUCUGAGUUUUAAAUAAUAUUGGAAUUUACAAUGGAUCAGCUGGAAUGUUGUGCACAUGUUUGGACUAAAGGAUCUAUUUAUGGGAAUUAUUUGAGUGUGUGUGCCGUUCCACUGGAUGGUCCUGUUGCUUUUUGCAGAGCAAGGUGGACUAAUCCCGAACCACUGCUGCCAGCUCCCACAGAAGCCUGGGAAGAUUGUAAUCUCGCAACUGUAAACCUUCUCGAUGAAUGCACUGACCACAACGUGCCCAGCUUUUUCUGCCUGUCACCAGACAAAUGCUGCAAUUAUUAAUUGAACUGUAAUAAAGACAAUGCUGUUAAUCCAAAUAUUAAUAAGGUGCGUCUCUCAAAACUCUGCUCAGACUGGGACCCCCAUAUUGUGGGAAGAGUCGAUAAAGUUUCCUCGCCACCUUUGCACUGAUUCAGCUCGAGGAACCAUCCGAGGUAAUUGUGACUCCCUGUGCAAACCAAAACCACUCCAUAAAGACCAAUCAGCCGCCUGUCCCAAGGCAAUUCCUGCAUCGAUCUGUCUCAGCAGAGGCCCUCCCCCUUCAAACAGGGCUAGAGCACAACAGGUGAGCACCCCUCCCUCAAGCUCUCUACCCCCUCCCUGACACUCUGACCUUUGCACCCCCACCCUGACCCUUGCACCCCCUCCCUGACACUAUGACCCCUACACCCCCUCUCUGACACUCUUACCCUUGCAUCCCCUCCAUGACACUCUGACCUCUAUACCCUCACCCUGAUACUCUGACCCUUACACCCCCUCUCUGACCCCUAUACCCCCUCCCUGACACUCUGAUCCUUGCACCCCCUCUCUGACACUCUGACCCUUGCACCCCCUCUCUGACACUGACCCUUGCACCCUCUCUCUGACACUCUGACCCUUGCAUACCCUCCAUGACACUCUGACCCCCUAUACCCCCUCUCUGACACUCUGACCCUUGCAUCCCCUCUCUGACACUCUGACCCUUGCAUACCCUCCAUGACACUCUGACCCCCUAUACCCCCCUCCCUGACACUCUGACCCUUGCACCCCCUCUCUGACCCUUGCACCCCCUCUCUGACACUGACCCUCGCACCCCCUCUCUGACCCCUACACCCCCUCUCUGACCCUUGCAUCCCCUCCAUGACACUCUGACCCCUAUAACUCCUCCCUGACACUCUGACCCCUAUACACUCACUCUGACCUUUACACACCCUCCCUGCCACUCUGUCCCCUAUACCCUCUCCCUAACACUCUGACACCUCUCCCUGACAAUGGAUAGAUUUGAGGAGAAAUGGAGGGGCCUCCAUGUGUGGUCUCCUCCCAGCAGAUGUGGGAACUUCAUUCAGAAAGCACAGCAGGUAAUGAGAGCUGUGGUUGAAAACCUAGAACAGUACAAUAAAGAAACUGGCCCUUGAUCCCACAAUGUUAGUGCCAAGCAUGAUGCCAAGUUAAGCUAGUUUAGUUUUUUGUCAUGUGUACCGAGGUUGCAAAUCUCCUCUGCAUACUCGUGAUCCAUAUCCCUCUAUUCCCUGCAUAUCCACGUGCCUAUCUAAAAGCCUUUAAACACCAAUAUUGUAUCUGCUCCACCACCACCCCUGGCAGCGUGUUCCAGGCCCCCACCACCCUUUUAGAUACAUAGAUAGAUACAUAGACAAUAGUUACAGGAGUAGGCCAUUCGGCCCUUCGAGCCAGCACCGCUAUUCAAUGUGAUCAUGGCUGACCAUCCACAAUCACUACCCCGUUCCUGCCUUCUCCCCAUAUCCCUUGAUUCCGUUAGUCCCAAGAGCUCUAUGUAACUCUCCUUGUGCCCAUUGCAUCUCCUUUAAACGUUGUUCCAUCUUAAAGCUAUGCCCUCUGGUCUUUGACAUUUCCACUAAAGUUUCUGACUGUCUUCCCUACCUGUGCCUCAUGCCUUGUUGAGUUCUACUGUGCUAUUUGAAAUGAACCCAUCUGAAGUGUGGAGGAUUUUAGCCUGUCUUCCCGGUGAAGCCUGGUGCCAUGAUGGCUGCUCCUUCCCUCUAUAUGUUGCCGAGUGUGUUGUUUACCUGUCCUGAAGGCUGAUCCCUUGUUACUUCCCAUGAACAUCAUGCUGCAAGGUAACAAGAUUGCCGUCAGACAGUGAAACCUUCACUCAGACUCAGGAACAUUCCGGAUACUUGGCCAGGACAAGUAAGGAAACACAGGGACCGUCAUUAUUCCUCGCACGACUCUGAUCCCUGAGGAUUCAGUGUCCAAUACACGCUGAUCACAGCAACCUUCACCUCGGGAUGAGCCCUGGAUCUACCAGUUUAUCCCUGGUCUGAGCAUCUCCCAGUUACUGUUUUAUGGGUGGAUUACUUUGCUAUGCAUGCUCUACUAACCUGUCAGGGAAUCUUAAUAUAUAUGUUUAUAUUAAAGCAGUGAGUUUAACAAAAUAACUAAUUGUACUCCAAUUCGAAUCACCAACCACUGUACAGAAGAUAACCUGUUACAACCGCCUCAAUGUAGAGGCACAAAUAAAAGAGAAAUUAAUAUAUAUACAA